CCAAGAAAAAAAAAACCAGAUUUUCAGGGGGGCAUUCCCGGAGUUGCUUUCCGCCCACCGGUCCACCGCAGCAGUGCACCACCACCCGCAGCUCAGGUGAAGCGGAGAGUGUCCCGGCAGAUUCGCCCUCAACUCGCUCGAUCCACCUCGCAGCAGCAGCCCCAUGAUCCGGUCGGAGCCGGAGCGACGCCACGCCGCACCCUGGUAAUAAAUGGGUUCAAUGCAAUGAGGAUUUCAGUGCCAUAAUUCUGAUUCAACAAUCAAUGGCCUCAGUCGGUAUGGCCCCGGCAUCUGGUCUGAGAGAUGCAGGUGGUACUAGUCUAGGCGUGGACAGUUUGCAUGAUGAAAUGAAUGAUUUGAAAAUAAGAGAUGAGAAGGAAGUAGAAGCUACAAUUAUUAAUGGUAAUGGUACAGAAACUGGACAUAUCAUUGUCACAACUAUUGGUGGCAGAGGUGGCCAAAGGAAGCAGACUAUAAGUUACAUGGCCGAGCGUGUUAUUGGGCAAGGGUCAUUUGGUGUUGUUUUUCAGGCAAAAUGUCUGGAGACAGGUGAGACAGUAGCUAUCAAGAAGGUCCUUCAGGAUAAAAGAUACAAGAAUCGCGAAUUACAAAUGAUGCGUCUCCUAGACCAUCCGAAUGUUGUGUCUCUGAAACACUGUUUCUUCUCAACCACUGAAAAGGAUGAACUUUUUCUAAAUCUUGUUCUUGAGUAUGUCCCUGAGACAGUUCACCGUGUCAUUAGACAGUACAACAAGAUGAACCGAUGCAUGCCACUAAUAUACGUGAAACUUUAUGUGUAUCAGAUUUGUAGGGCUCUAGCAUACAUUCAUCGGAGCAUCGGUGUCUGCCACAGGGACAUAAAACCGCAAAAUCUUCUGGUUAAUCCCCACACACACCAGCUGAAGAUCUGUGAUUUUGGUAGUGCAAAAGUUCUGGUGAAAGGCGAGCCCAAUAUUUCAUACAUCUGUUCAAGAUACUACAGAGCUCCGGAGCUUAUUUUUGGUGCUACUGAGUACACAACAGCAAUUGACAUUUGGUCUGCUGGAUGUGUCCUGGCUGAACUUCUAACAGGACAGCCUCUCUUUCCUGGUGAAAGUGGACUUGACCAACUUGUUGAAAUUAUCAAGGUUCUGGGUACACCUACAAGAGAAGAAAUCAAGUGCAUGAAUCCAAACUACACAGAAUUUAAGUUUCCCCAAAUCAAAGCACACCCUUGGCAUAAAGUUUUCCAUAAAAGAAUACCACCUGAAGCAGUAGAUCUGGUCUCCAGGCUGCUUCAGUACUCACCACACCUUCGGUGCUCAGCUCUGGAUGCUCUUAUUCAUCCUUUCUUUGAUGAGCUUCGGGACCCAAACGCUCGCCUUCCCAAUGGCCGGUUCCUGCCUCCCCUCUUUAACUUCAAGCCCCAUGAGUUGAAGGGUGUUCCAGUGGAGGUUGUGAAGAAACUAAUCCCUGGUCAUGCAAGGAACCAAUGUCCCUUCCUAGGGUUGUAAAAUCGCGCAACUGGUGGCUAUCCUAGCAGUUAGCUCCUACCUAGCUAGGUGUCGGAAAAGUAAGAACAUGUGCUAUUGUUGAUCUGAAUGGGUUUUGUAUCUUGAUAUGUCAGGGACUUGGGACUACUUCUAGGGCUUGCCAAUGCCCCUAGCAUGUUCAUCUAUGUGUUACCUUUGUACUGUUGCUAUGAUCAUGAGAAGAUUGUAAAAAGUCACCACUAUGAAAAAUCGCCAAGUUACAAUGGGAUGAGUGUGCAUUUCGGUCCUCGACAUGCAUUAACUGUAAAUUGCAACCGCAAAACUGCUGUGUUUCUGUACUGCAUUCGUGCUUUGAAGGUGCUGAUCCAUCGUGUAGGUACAGAAGUCCAGGUGCCUGAAUAAACUGGCUGUAAUAUUUUAAAUGCAGAGUUUAAAUCCAUUUUUCAAAAAAUGGUUACCGCCUUAUGCAUCAUCCUGGCAUUCCUACAAUGUCUUCAUCUCCUGUUGUGAUAUGAACUCUAACAAAGUGACAUGAAUCCAUAUGUAAUAUACAGGUAAUGCUCAUUUGUGU